AUGUCUCAAGCUAAAGAAACUGAUGCUGCUGACGGCGUGAAAGAUGAUAUUCUUGAGAAGGCACUAGAAGCCCUUCAAAAAAUAGAGAAAAAACAACAAGGAAUCGACAUCGAAGUCCAGAAAUAUAGAGUGAAGCUUACUAAACCAUUAUUUGAACAGCGACGCAAUGUCUUGGCAAAAAUACCAAAGUUUUGGUAUAUAGUUCUUGCUCAACAUGAGGACUUCCAAGAAUACGUACAGACUGAGGACAUGAAAUAUUUGGAGUACAUAAAGGACAUAUAUAUUGAGAAGAUGAUUGAUGCCAAUGGUAAGAAUGAUGAUCCAAAGACUUAUGCUAUUACCUUCCAGUUUGAGUCUCAGAAUGGAGAAAUAGAGAAUCAGGAGGUGACAAAAUAUUUUUACACCGAGACAAAUCCUGAUUCUGGCUAUGAGAGUCUAAAAUCAUACAAUGCGGAGAUAAAAUGGCCGGCAGAGUUUGAUAAAAUUAACCCCAGCUUGGUGAAAAAAGGAAGAAAGGACGGAAAAUGGACACACGAAGAGAAGAAGAAUUAUCGUAUUGGAAUGAAAUCGUUCUUUGCGUUCUUUUCUUGGACAGGAAAGCGUCCAGGAAAGGAGUAUCGAUAUGGAGAGGAACUUGCAGAAAUGUUUUCAGAGGACAUUUUUCCUUUGGCUGUUGAUUAUUAUACACUAGCAGCGCCUGGACUAAAUGAAAAUGAUGACAAUGAUGAUGAUGACUCCAGCAGCGAGGAACUUGAUGUAGAAAGCGAAGAAGAGGAAAGUGAAAACAAUGAAAAUCCGGCAAAGAAGAAAGCAAGGACAAAUUGA